AUGGCUGAUUUGAAUCCAUCACUUCGUAUAAUUGCUCAACCCAAAACAUCAUAUCGUGAAAGAUAUUUAUGUGAAAUGGAUCGCAGUCGUAAUCGAUCACAGCGUUUUAUUCGUGCUGAAUCUAAUCUAGAUCAUUUGGAAUAUCCAACAAUCGAAAUACCAAAACAAUGGAAUAGUCAAAGGUUAUAUGUUCGUGCAACUUUAGUGACCGUACAGAGCAAACAAGUACCUGGGAGAUGCAUACAUCCUUAUCCAAUUGAUACUUCAGAAUCAGAUGUUAUUAAAGACGUAGUUAGAAAUACACUUUAUUUUCCAAUAUCAGAAGAAGAAUUAAAUAAUGGACGUAAAAGUUUUCGAAUUAUUCGUAGAAAAUUAAUCCAACAUGAAUUAAGAAAUUAUGGACAAUUAUCUCUUUUAAAUACAGAUGAACAAGAUAUUCCACUUACUGCUGAUCUAUAUAAUGCUCGCAAAAUAAUUAGGGUGUAUCAAUUAGAAAAAUCACAAUUACUUUUUUCUAUCGCUGAACGAUUUCAUGAUGAUCCAUUGCCAGUUAUCUAUGACGUAACAUCGGUAUAUUCUCAUAUAAUGACUGCUACUACAGAAACAUCUAUAAAUAAAGAGGAACCAUGUGUGAGGUGUGUACCAAAAAAAGGCUGCUGGCGAGGUGGUGAUGAUAUUUUAAUGGUUGUUCCAAAAUUUGAUAGGAGAAAAGUAUAUCAAGUAUAUUUUGAGUGUUCGUCGUCAAAUAAUAAAAGUCAAAUUCAAUUCGAAUUUGUGGAUAUGAAAACAAUUGCAUUCAAAACUCCACCAUGUCCUAUACAAACAAUGGGAAAUGAAAAUACAGAAAUUUCUAUAGUUGUUAAUGAAAGUGGUGAAGAAAUAGCGCGUGUUAAUUUUAUGUAUCAAUCAUCUCUUCGAUGUUCAAAUUGUGCUUUUGAUUUUUUGCUAGAUUCUUCUGAUUCAUCCACCACUAAUGAACAAUUUUCAACAUUAGAUGUACGUUUAGAUGGUAGUGAUAUUUCUAUGUACGCUGAUGAUCUGCUGCAUUAUGUGAACUGUUAA